GCGCAUUCCUCAAUCUAACCACGUCGAGGUCCUGGGAGAGGAACAAAUCUGGCACGUCUCAAAAUGACAUGUGAGUCAAGUUGGGCAAGAAUGAGAUGAUGGAGGCUUCAGUAGACCCCAGACAAUUCCUGCGAGCACUUUGGCUCCCACGCCAAUUCCAGCUCUUCCCCACAACCAGCGCGAACCACUGCAGCGGAUGCCUGCAGCUGCCGGGGUUCCCCUUGCGUUUGCAGCGAACUGGAGUGCCUCUACUGUUUCUGAGAGACAAGAUGGACGGCUAUGGUGCCUAUGGUCCGUCGUCUAGGACCAGCAGCGCCCUGGCCAGGACACAUCGAGCACAACAAGCUGAACGCGCCGGAUCCCCGAGCUACCCAUUGUCUCCCCUCCUUCAAGAAAGGCUUGAGCGACUACGGCGGGCCGAGAACGAUCGCGCGUCAGCGCAAUCGAGCACAGAGAUGCUGGCCCCUUCGACGAGCUCACGGAGCCCUUCCUCCACCGACAACCAGCGGCCCCGAUCAAGUGGAGAGUCCGAGCCUGUGAAGCCGAAGAAGGGCCUGGGCGCCAAAGAGAUGGAGCAAACGCUGUCUACAUUGCACAAGCAAAACUUCGACCUCAAGCUCGAACUUUAUCAUCGGAGAGAACGUCAAGCCGCUCUCGAGGGGCGGGUGGAGAGACUAGAACGCGAGGCUAAGGAGCGGGCCCAACUGAACGAUGCGCUAAUGAAAGAGCUCGAAAAAAGGGACAAGGCAGUCGAAGAUGCAAUUGGCAUGAUUCUAGCGUUAGAGAAGCGUGUCGAGCAGCUCCUACUUGAGAGAAAGAUGGUCCGCCAAGUCGAGGCUGAUGGGGCAGUGUUCCCGCGAAUUGACUCGUCCAGUGUAACGCCAGCCCCGAAUAGAACGCCCACAUCCGGUACUGUGCCCUUUGGCGACGUCAAGACACCGACUCGCAUGCCUAGCUUUGUAUCUGAGAGGAGCGAGAAGUUUGAGAACCUGAAAAGUGCAUACCUUGGCGCCGGAGAUAGCGUUCUCAGCCUCCCGAGGAUGCUUGGAGACACACCUGAUACCGUACGGAUGGACCCCAGACUUGCUAGCCCUGCGCUAAGCGAUCUCAGCGAGAGUUCUUUCUGCAGCGUUUACGGCCGAGGGAAGCCUGUCGGAUUGUCGUCACCACCUCCGAGCAGUCCUUGUCCGUGUGAUGGGUCGUCGAGGAACCCAGUGCUGAGUCCCGAGUCUCCGACAAGGAUUGGAACUGCGACUCCGAGCCAACACCGCCCACCCAGCUCUAGGGCCGCUAGUGGGCAAUUCCACAACAUCGGCGACGUUCUGGAUACGGCCGCCUCACCUCCGCAGCAAAUGGAGAAGCUGGGAUUUGUACCUGCGUCCCCGGAGAAUUCGUUGAGACCGGUAAGCGGGCAAAGAGACAAGGAACGGCCGUUAUCUGCAUGCCCUGCUACAUCACAAGGGCAGCCAAAGACCAAAACGGAGAAGCGGGAAGCGUUGGAGAGAGUUCUUACCCACGGUCAUUUCAGCAGCCCCCAUACACUACCCCCGACCCCCGAUACUUUUUCCAGCACCACGCCGCCUCACAUUGACACGCCGUCGAAGCAAGAAAGCCCGGACAAUAAACCUCUCUGUCUCCUACAUGAAACAGCCCCUUCGAGGACCGAGAGCUAUGGCAGGCUCACAAUGGCCGCGGCGGACGAAGCACCUUGCCGGUGGCACCGCAGGGAUCGCAACAGCCGCGGUCGGCUCAUGGGACCAAGGCUCCACCUGCGUAUGAUGGGUACGAUUGCGGCGGUGGUAGUUCAGGACGCAGGCACCACAUUCGCACGGGCUCGACUGCCUCAAGCGUAGACACCUGGCUUCGAGAGAGUCUCAAGCCGGAAAGCCUAGACGUCUUGGAUCCUAUGAGUUCCGUAUCGCAAGCACGCGGGAGCAUGAACAAUGGCCGUGUCUCUCCUGAUCUCUUCUCGUUCCCCACCUCGACAUCCGGCUGGGUAUCUCACGCAAUGUUCGGUGUUCUCGGAGGACAAGGUUACAUGGGCGCUGGCGGGAGGAAUGCCUCCGCGACGCCGAUUGCAGAUACGAUGGGUGCUAUCGAUGCAUCGGUGCCGCCACCGCCUCUAAUGGGCACUGAUCGGUCUACUCCCACUCUCGGCACCAGACCUCACAUGCCACCACCUCCCACUCCCAACAGACGGUCUAGUCUCCUUGCCAAGACCGGGAUUACUACAGAUGUCACAUCUGGU